UGACGAUGGCUUAAAGUCGCUGUGCUUGCCCGCUGCGGGCAUUUUCUGCAGUCUGAUCUUUGCCCCGUUGCAUUCCUUUCGUUAUCGAUCCAAGACGACUGCGUCCAUCCGUUUUCUCCAUCUGCUUCUUCCCCUGCCUGGGCAAUAGGUCCGCGUGUGUAUAUCCAGCUUCCGGAUUCGCUCGACCUCUACGCCGUCCUCGUCGUAAACGUGCAGUCAAGAGCCAAUCCUUCUGCGCCCACGCCAACGUUCAGAAGACUUGAGAGAAAGUCGAUUUGAAAGCUCCAAGACGAAGUCGUCGAAGAAGUCAGGCUGUCGCGAGGUGGCGGAAUGAUAUAAUAUCCAAGCCUAUUCUCCCUUCCGAUCUUAUCUCCGCCCUCACUCCAACUGAGCCGCACUUCCCAGCGCCCGCGCCGAGGCGCAUGCCAACUUCCGAAGUGCGACGGAAAAUUUAAACACACCGAUCUUCAAGAUUUGAGGCCCCAGGGCUUCUUCCAGGCUGCCGACCGGAAAAAUGGCGAGCUCGAGAAAUCUUGCGCACGUGGAAGACGAUGUGGAGUCUUCCGCAGGUCGCGAGUCGGAAGAGCCUGGGGAAGCCGAAGCGUUGCUGAAUCAAAAACAGCCAUACGUCUCUACGCAGGCUGUGAGCAGCUUCGAGAACGACGAAUGCCCGAUUUGUCUGCGAAAGGCGAGGUGGCGGGCGCUGCUGUCCAUGCUGAGGCUCAAGGGGAAGCAGCGGGUAGUGCAUUGUGCACACGACAGACCAGCCAUUGAAGAAUGUCGUCGCCUGUCGCGGACAGCCCCGGCUGCGAGAAUACGGCGGAGGAGGUGUCGACUGCUCACAAGCUUCAUCUUGGUCAUGUUUGCUCUGUUCGGCCUAUGGAACCUUGUAACGCUCCUGAUAGGCCUCGGCCCUUUGAUCUGGGACCCUUCGCUGGCAGUCGAUCGCUUCUUUCCUAACUGGGGCAUGCCUGGAGAACCGGGCGAAGGUCUGACGGGCUACCCGACCGACUUCACGCGUGACGUCGAGCCGAUCCCCUGCCACUCUCACAACGACUACUGGCGUCGGGUUCCCCUUUACGAGGCCAUUCAUUACGGGUGUGUUGGCGUCGAAGCCGACGUGUGGCUCUUCGACGACGAGCUGUUCGUCGGCCACACCACGGCGUCGCUGACCAAGAACCGCACCUUGCGCUCCUUGUACGUCGACCCGCUCGUGCGAAUCCUCGAUCGCAUGAACCCGAGCCGUCUUGAGUACGGCGCAGGAAUCACCCCGGAGCGCAUCAACGGCGUGUUCGACGAGGUCCCAGACCAAACCCUCGUCCUCCUGAUCGACUUCAAAAUGGACGGCCGCGAACAGCUGCCCGUCGUGUCCGCCCACCUCGAGGCCCUUCGCUCAAAGGGCUACCUGACCUACUUCAACGGCCAAGACACGGUCAGCGGACCCGUCACCGUGGUCGCGACGGGCAACGCCCCGUUCGACCUCCUCACCGCGAACGCGACGUACCGCGACAUCUUCUUCGACGCCCCGCUCGACAAGCUGGCCGUCGACGCCGCCGCGCUCUCGUCCCAGCACGAGAUCUUCGCCGCCUCCGAUCCCGCCUCGUCCGCCGGCCAGGGAAGCACGGGCGUCUCCCCCUCGUCCUCCUUCACGCCCGCAAACUCGUACUACGCUUCCGUCGACUUCAAGAGCUCCAUCGGCUUCCCUUACCGCGGCAGACUCUCGCACCGCCAGCUGAGGAAGCUGCGUUCUCAGAUCAAGGCCGCCCACGACAAGGGCCUCAAGGCCAGGUAUUGGAACACGCCCACGUGGCCGGUCGGUCUGCGAAACCACAUCUGGAAAAUUCUCAUAGACGAGGGCGCCGACUACCUGAACGUUGACGAUCUGAGAAGCGCCAAGAUGGUCGAUUGGGAGCGCAGCUGGAGGAGGCAUCGCUGGAUGGGCAAUGGCAUAUAAGGAUUUUAACAACGUGCGAUUUGUGUGCUUCCGCAGGCGGCAUCGAAUGUGCUUACCCAAAUUUAUUGCAUGGUGUUCGGAGAUGCAUUUGAUGGGAGGAAAUGAUACCACGGGUUGCAUGAGCUCACAUCUGAGGUUUUUUUUCGUUGGUAACUUAGGCAACUUGUUAGAUCCAAGUUAGCGAACCGCCAUUUAUAAAGCACCAUGCAUGUUCACCAUGUCAUGUAAGAGCAAGAGUUCCUCAUUGUCAUCAUCUCGAUGUACGAGAAAGUGGCAAUGUCGAUCUCGUUCAGGGAAAAUACUCGUGCAGAGUAACGCCUGCAUCGAUGCGAGAUUGGUAUACAAGCUGUUUGAAACAUGUGAUGUCCACACCAUCACCAAGUUUCCAAGUUGAG